GGAGCCUCUCAGGCUGUUGUAGUGAGAAACAGCGAACACACACACACACACACAUACAGCGAGAGAAAGGGAGAGAAAAGUUGGUGAAGAUGAGGUGAGGCAGCAGCGAAGCAGCCGGACUUAAGUUCAAUGUGGCGGGUUUCAGCUCUUCUGUUGUAGCCGCUGUGAGAAAGAGGAUGACGGCGGGAGACGGUUCAGAGAUGAUUGAGGUGCACGUGGAUCCUCAUCGUCCACUGUGAAGCCUCCACAUCACUUUAUUUAUUUUUAGUUUUUUUUGUUGUGGACCUGAGUUGUCACAGCAGCAGCUGAAGUUCGGAGGAGGAUCAUGUCUUUUUUAGUGAAGAAGAAGAAGUUUAAGUUUCAGGUGAACUUCACUCUGGAGGAGCUCACAGCUGUGCCGUUCGUCAACGGAGUGUUGUUCUGUAAGAUCCGCCUCAUCGAUGGAGGAGACUUCGCAAUCCUGUCAUCCAGGGAGGAGGUGCAGCAGAACUGUGUCCGGUGGAGGAAGAAGUUUUCCUUUGUGUGCAAAAUGAGCGCCAAUCCGAUCACAGGCGUGCUGGACCCGUGCAUCUGCAGAGUCUCUGUCCGCAAGGAGCUUAAAGGAGGGAAGGCCUUUUCAAAGCUCGGCUUUGCCGAUCUCAACAUCGCCGAGUUUGCAGGAUCGGGUUUUAUGGUUCGCUGCUGCAUCCUGGAGGGUUACGAUACGAAAAACAUGCGUCAGGACAACUCCAUCCUCAAGGUGAUGAUCGCGAUGACUCUUCUGUCGGGAGAUCCCUGCUUUAAAACGCCUCCCAGCACGGUCAAAUCCGUCUCCACCAGCGACGAGGACCCCAACCUGCAGCUGGACCGCAAGGGCGAGAGCACCGAUGCCUCGCAGCCACUGGGGGGCGUUGUGGAGGGAUCCCGCGUCUUCAAACCCCGACAAUCAUCAGUACGGAGCGCAGGUCUGCCUGAUGAGCGAGGGAGUCCAGACGACGUCUUUCAAUCCGGUCAUUUCCGCAGCUCCAGCUACGCCAGCCAGCACAGCAAGAUAUCAGGCUACAGCACAGGCCACUCCCGCUGCUCCAGCCUGACUGACCUCAGCCACCACAGGAACGCCUCCUCCAGCAGCAGCGCCUCCUGCGGACCCACCCACUCUGCCCAGCCGCCACCGUCCACCCCCACCGAGUCCCCGAGGCAGGCGACGCCCACCCGACCGGAGAGACCGCCUCCCCCCUCUGCUGUCGCCCUCAUGUCCAACAGAUCGUCCAGGAGGAAGAAGGACACCGUGGAGAGACAGCCGAGCUGCGUGGACGACACUCGGAUCGAUGCCGACGACAUCGUGGAGAAGAUCGUCCAGAGCCAGAACUUCUCUGACAGCAGCAACAAUGAAGACAGCAACCUGAGGCUGUUUGUCAGCAAAGACGGGACCACGGCCCUCAGGGGGGCGCUCGCCAGCAGAGGAACUCCUGGUACGUUUGAACCGGUGGUCAUCGAGACUCACUGAGACACGGACACAUCUGUGAGAUCUGAUCAAUAUAAGACGACUAUGAUACAGAUGAUGAUAUAUUAGGUACCAGAUUUUCCCAAAUAGAGUCCCGUUGAACUGGAGAUGCUAAAGCCACAGUGUGUUGGAUUUAGCAGCAUCUACUCACCUGACUCUUCCCUUCUCAGCAUGUAGGUGAAACUACGGUGGCCUUCAGUUGUCGUUUAAACUCCAAAAUGUGUUUUUAGUUUGUCCACGAAAAACACGCCACUCCAAAUUUCUCCACUCCUGACGUAAAAAAUAUGAACAGCUCAUUCUGUGGCAAUGACGACAACAAUUCUUACAAAAACAUUUUAUAAAUAAUCUUACAUAAAUCUUAAACACUGGACCUUUAAUAGAAAUAUUGUAUAUAUUAUAUAUUGCAAUGUUGCAUUUUGUUGCAUAUUGGACUCCAGAACUUAAAGGUCCAGUGUUUAACAUUUAGGAGAAAUUCUGUUUUAUUUAUUCAGUUUCUACAGGAGCCCAGAGAGACCAAACCAGAGUUUGCCCUUUUUAAAAAGCAGAAACCGAUUUAACAACUCCUGGACUCCUGUCCAGGAGACUCCAACAAGUAGCUCGCAAGCUACCAGUAGCUCCUAGUCCCUUUCCAAGUAGCUCGCAAGCUACCAGUAGCUCCUAGUCCCUUUCCAAGUAGCUCGCAAGCAACCAGUAGCUCCUAGUCCCUUGCCAAGUAGCUUGCAAGCUACCAGUAGCUCCUAGUCCCUUGCCAAGUAGCUUGCAAGCUACCAGUAGCUCCUAGUCCCUUGCCAAGUAGCUCACAAGCUACCAGUACCUCCUAGUCCCUUUCCAAGUAGCUCACAAGCUACCAGUAGCUCCUAGUCCCUUUCCAAGUAGCUCGUAAGCUACCAGUAGCUCCUAGUCCCUUGCCAAGUAGCUCGCAAGCUACCAGUAUCUCCUAGUCCCUUUCCAAGUAGCUCGCAAGCAACCAGUCACUCCUAGUCCCUUUCCAAGUAGCUCGCAAGCAACCAGUAGCUCCUAGUCCCUUGCCAAGUAGCUCCCAAGCUACCAGUAGCUCCUAGUCCCUUUCCAAGAAGCUCGCAAGCUACCAGUAGCUCGCCAAAGGUUUCAAUAAUCAACAUAAACCUGCUUACAUUUUCACCCAAUCUCCCCUUCAAGGUCAUUCAGUUUGUUUGGGUUGAAAUGAGCUAUGAGAAUAAUGUUAAAAAACAUGAGUAGUCGCUGUGUGUCAGGUGUGUCAGGUUUGACCACAGCAUCACACACUGGACCUUUAACGUCUGGACUCUAUUUGAGAAAUGACCGGUAAAUCACUUUAUCACUGGGUGUGUGUGUGUGUGUGUGUGACAAACAGAUCUAUGGUUGACAAGGCUUCACUGACAGGAAGUGACAUCAUAGACUCUUUAGAGUGGAUUAUUCCAGAGCCGGUCUCUGAAUCUCUUUAGUUUUUCCUGAACACAAAAGAUGGGUCUGAAACACGCCCAGUGAACGUUUGACCAAACGCCGUUACUUGAACAAUUAAUCUAACAAAAACAAAGAAACACUGCAGUGUGUGUGUGUGUGAGGUGUAGUGCAACACUGAAACUACUGUAGAUGCUGCGUUCAAAGAGUCCUCGUCGCUUCAGGUUAAAGCAGAACUUUGUAAAUCUGGUCGCCUUUUUUCUCCACAGAGCUCCCCCUACAGUCUUAUAUUUUUACGGGCACCACUGUAAACAUCCAUCCAUCAUCUACCUCUUCAUCCCCACUGUAGUAAAAACUCACCGCUGACGUUCCUGCCGAUUUGAACAUGUGCCGAUUUCAUCCUCGCUUCCCCCCAACAACUCGCCGGCUCUGCCGCAAUGAGCGUCUAAAGUAACACUUGUGAAGCAGAUUCGCGUUUCUCGUGAGACCCGACACUUCGCGAUUCCUCCUCAUUCUGAGGACCCCGGCACUGACCUUGCAAGGCUGGUUUUCCCACUAACAGACAGUAGGGGGCAGUGGAGACAACAAGACAUUUAACUGUCACAAAGACUCUGAAUCUGUUAACUAAUUUAACAGAUUCAGAGUCUUUGUGACGGUUAAAAACCUUCAAUAGUUCUGCUUUAACCCUUCUGUUACCAUCAUAUCAGAAGGAUAUCGUCGCAGACAGAAUUUGGCAUGCGCACUUCUCAUUACCGUAACUUUCCAAAAUCUAGAAAAUUAAAAAACUAUGUCAGCUGAGAUUGGCACAGCGACCAUGGUAGAAGUCGGAUGGAUGGAUAUACCUUGUUAUUACGGUAGAACCCUCAGGACUUCCAGCGGGAUAAAACAUCCAAUCACAGACAGAUUCACAGGCGCGCCACACAUUUGUGACGACGUCAGCUUCUCAGGACUGUAAUUCCUAAAUGGUUGAAUAAUUUCCAGAUAUGGAAAAAAAUUAAAGUUAAGAUUAAAGUAAUCUCGGACAAAAAGGGGCAGAAAGAACUCAAAUUGAACCUUUUUUGGACAAUUCUACAGCCAUAAAAUCAAAAUAAAUCUGAAUAUCAUGAUGGUCGUACAAGGGUUAAACAGCCUGAUGGUCAAAGUGUAAACGUUUGCCUCGGUCUUUUCUCUGUGUGUUUUUACGAACGUCUCGUGAUUGAUUUCCGACUGCUUACGAGUUGACUAGGAGUCCUUGAACGCAGCACAAAAAAGCCUAAAGAGACAUUUCAUUGAGUUCCAAACGCGAAAGGAACAGAAGCUUUUUUCAUUCCUCCUUGUGUGUAAAAUUUGAAUGUGAUGUGACGACUGUGUUCAUACUUUUAUUUUACUGGACUAUUUUGCACAUAUAGAAUAUAUACAUAUAUAUAUAUAUAUACAGUAUAUAUAUACCUGUCAGAAACCACUACAAGGAGCCAGCGACCCGUGGGUGUCACAAGCUCCGGCCACAGCGACCCGGGAUUUGAUUCCACCCGCGGUCAUUUUACUGCAUUUCUUUCUUUCUUUCUCACUCACUGUCCAAACUAAAGUAAAACCACUAUAAGGAAAACAGAGAGGCACAUGAUAUUACAGAGUACUUAUAUAUAUAUACAGUAUAUAUAUCAUUUCUUUAUUGCUUGUUUUCGUGUAUUAUUGUCUCAGUGCUGUUGCUCUCACUACAGCAUGUGUUCAUGUGGCUGGCCAUAAUGUAACGUCCUGCACUUAACUCACAACGAGCUCCUUUAAAUAAUCUGCGUGUCUGACUCUUAACUGCUGCUCAUUCAUGCAUUCAUGCAGACACUUUUAUGACAUGGUAAGGGUGUUAACGGUGCGCGUAAAUCAUGGAUUGGUUUGGAAGUCGUGGUUGGGUAUGUCGGAAAGUCUGAUAGUCAUGCUAUAGUUGGCAUUUAGUUUUGGUACGACCCACUUUUCUUUGUCGGAAGCAGAACUUUCCCUAUGCGAACUUUUUCCUUUGUUUAUGCCCAGUGUCUCUAAGCGGUGUAGUAGCUAUGCCAGGCCUGUAUGUGGUGCUGUAACACUGCCGCAGAAUUACACCAAAAACUAAUGAGGAGGAGAAGACGUGGAGCGCAAUGCUGUGUUUUUACAGAAAGCUUUUUUAAAAAUGUCAAAGAAUAAGACAGUUUUUUGGAUUGGACCCUAUAAUCUCAAAAAUGAGAUUGAGAUGCAGUCUGGUGUUAGCCAGGUUAGUCCAAAGAAACUUUCGUGAACUUCAGUGCGAGAACAAACUCUCCAGACAUUUCCUGAGUUCUUUUUUAGUUUUUUGUUACCCCGAAUCCAGAAUGAAGAUACAAGAUUUGGUGUAAUUUUAUUCAUCCCUGACUGAUGAUCAUAUAGGGCGCUUUUCCAUCAUGCAGUUCUAGCACCACUCAACUCGACUCUAACCCUAACCCUCCUCAACGUAGGCGGGGUCGUCGUAUGUCGUUUACACACGACACAAACACACAGUGACUUGUAAAGCUGUUGUUUUGGGUGUAACUGAAUCAUUAGAAUCAGUUCAUUAAAAAGAUUUGUCUUUUUAACUGAUCUACAGUUUUGAAUUUUUUUACUUUGAGUCUUGCGUCGGACGUCACGCUCAUGACUCUUCCAGUGAUGACAUUCUCUGACCAAUCAGCAGCCGGCAGUCUGUUGAUGUCAUAUUUUAGUAUCACCUCAGCUCUCGCUUGGAACCUCAUCAGAGCAGGUACUUUAAAAAAAAAAAACACCAGGUACUACCACUGAUAGAAAAGCAAAGAAAAAUCACGAGUCACUCGUUUGUAUGUUUGUGUCGCGUGUAAAAACAAAGUCAUGGCAGUUUCAUGCAGCUGCACCGCGAUGACUCCGCCCACGUUGAGUAGGUAGUGGAAAACCAACCUACACCGUGCCGUGCCGUGCCAAGCCGAGGCGAGCUGGGACCACAGGUGGAAAAGGGGCUUUAGUGUCUGUAACAUAAAGAGGAGUUAUAGAGUCAGACCAACUGUAGACGAAACCUCAGCCAGAAAUCUAAGCACUUUGUAGGCAUAGACAUUGUCCCCCCCCACACACACACACACACACACACACACACACGCACGUACGUGUCCCGCGUGUCCCUGUCACUGACAGUGAAGCUGCACAGCUGAGCGUCCCACAGCUGCAGCUCCAGCACAGAGCUCCUGUUGUUCCAAACUGACAAUACACAAUAGAGGGGCUCGCCCUCGUAGAGACUGUUUGCGUUUCUGCGAUAAAUGUGUGUGUGCUUGUUUAUGAGCGAUCUACAGUACAUGUAUGCCGGCCGUACAUGUUCAUGUUCACUAAGCCUCGCUGAGUAAAUGUACCCAGAGUUCUUUUUAACUGAUGUUGAAAGGGGGAUAGUUCAGGGUUGUUGGGUUUUUUUUAUAUAAAGUGUGACUGUCUAAGAUUGUCCAUAAACUACUGAACUAUCCCUUUAAGCUUUCUAAACACGGCGCACAGGAAUGUAUGUACAGUACAGCACCUAUAGAACCUCGCUGACCAACUGUCAAACUGUCAGUUCUGCACCUUUUAAACAGAUCAGGGCUGCAACUCGAGUCAUGUGACGAUUAUUUCCUCGAUGAAUCGGUUUGUUUGUUGGUCGGAAAAUGUCGGAAAAAAGAAAAUACUCACAUUUGAGAAGCAGACAACUCAGAGAGACUCAAACCAAUGAAUUGAUUAUUGAAAUAGUUAAUUUAUUAAUUGCUUAAUAAUCAAUAAAUCGAUGAAUUAAUCGUUGCAGCCCUAAAACUGAUCAGUGUCAUUAACUUUAAACAACAACUGAACUGUUUUCAAUCUCUCUAAUAAUCCACCUGCUAACUGUAAGAGAGGAGGAAGGGCUAGAAGUAGAGGAGGAGGAGGAGGAGGAGCUAGAAGUAGGAGGUGCUAUAGGUGGGCAGGGCUAGAAGCUAAAUCACUCAGAACCACACGAGACGUCGGAAAAGAAGUAACGAAAUAAAAGAAUUAAAAAAACAGAUCAGUAUCGCGUGAUAAGGGUGAGGGUUUGGUCACGGUUACGUUCGGAUUAAAAUCGUGCUUCCCGCCAAAAUAACGUUAAAAAAAAAAAACCCUGACCCAUUCCAUUUAAAUCGGAAGUCGGAACUGGGGAGCCCCCUAUAACCCCGCCUCUCUUGAGUUCAGACCAGCAGGAUCUGGUCUCAGAUCAGGAUCAGGACAGUAAAGGGAAACCACUUUUCAUUCAGUGAAUUGUCUGUAACUGUGAUUUAUUUGUUUAUUCUAUCCAUAAUUAUUAUUUUUGCACUUGUGAUGUCAUUAUUAUUAUUGUUGUUAUUAUUACAUGAUUAUAUGUGGUUUUUUUCAUGCAUGUGGUGAAAGGGGGACAUUUUACUUCAUGAUAGUCAGAACUGACGCUGAAUCGUAUCAUUUCAGUGGGAUUAUUUGUUUGUUUUUUAAUUGUACUUGGUGGUGAUGUAAUUUACACAGGACAGAGGUUAUAUGGUGAAGAGAAUAAAAUGAAUAAUGAUCUAUUUUAACUUUUAUAAAUGAAUAAAAGUCAGAUGACACUAAGGAUGUGUUGGACGUACACAAUAAUAAUAAAUAUAAUAUGUCUAAAAAGCACAGCAUUAAAAUGUUUAAUAAACACUGUGUGUUGUAA